UUUCUCCUCCCUGCCGUGUGUCUGCUCUCUGCCGGUGAGCCAUGGAGGGCCCUGUGUCUCUUCUGCAGAAGGAGGCCUCGUGCUCCAUCUGCCUGGAGCUCUUCCGGGAGCCGGUCUCCAUCCCUUGCGGGCACAGCUUCUGCCAGGCCUGCAUCAGCCACUGCUGGAAGGAGGAAGGGCCCUUCGCUUGCCCCCAGUGCCGCCAGCAGGCCCCCCGCAGGGACUUCAGGCCCAAUAGGGAGCUGGGCAACGUGGCCGACCUCGCCAGGAGCCUCGGCAGCCUCCUCCUCCUCCGAGGAGGAGGAGGAGGAGGAGAGAAGGAGGACGGAGGAGAAGGGAGGUCCGCUGCUGCUGCUGCUGCUCCUGCCGCCCCCCGGGGCCUGUGCUGCCCGAGGCACCUUGAGGCCCUGAAGCUCUUCUGCGGCCGAGAGGAGCAGCUCAUCUGCUGCAUCUGCAGGGAGUCCCGCGCCCACAGGAGCCACGACGUCUUCCCCCUCGAGGAGGCCGCCCAGGACUACAGGAAAGAUAUCCAGACCCGGCUGCAGAGCUUGAAGGAGGAGAGAGAGACUCUGCUGGGAUUAAAACUGGCUGGAGAACUUAAACACCAGGAAUUUCUGAGGCAAACAGAAGCUGAGAGAGAGAAGGCUACAUCUGAAUUUGCGCAGAUCCAUCAUUUUCUUGAAGAACAAGAAAAGCUCCUGCUGGCUCAGCUGAAUGAACUGGAGAAGGAAAUUGUUAAGCAUCAGAAAGAACACAGCACAACAUUUUCUGAUGAGAUUUUGUCUCUCACUGCGGUGAUCACUGAAGUAGAAGAGAAAUGUGAACAGCCAGAUAGCGAAUUCCUUCAGGAUAUCAGAAACACACUGAGCAGGUUUGACAAGGACCCAUUUCAGCCACCGAAGGAGAUGCCAUGCAAGAUAGAAAAGAGAUUAAAUGAAUUCUCUGAAAAGAACAAUGCACUCACAGAAAUCAUAAAGAACUUCAAAGAUACUCUGCCAUCAAAACUGGGAACAGAAUGGGUCAAUGUAAUCCUUGACACAGACACAGCAAACCCCCAAGUCAUAAUCUCUGAGGAUCGAAAAAGUGCGCGAUGGGAUGUCACCAGGACAGACCUGUCUCAUAACCCAAAGCGAUUUAAGUCCUCCUGUUGUGUGCUGGGCUGUGAAGGGUUUGAUUCUGGGAGGCAUUACUGGGAAGUUAACGUGGAAGAUGGAGGUAUAUGGGCUGUAGGUGUGGCUCGAGGCUCUGUGAAGAGGAAGAUCGAUCUGAAAAUCACUCCUGAGGAAGGGAUUUGGGCCCUGCAAGGCAAUUUUGGCCAAUACCAAGCUCUUACUAUCCCUGUGACACCUCUGCCCCUCAUCUUCACUCCCAGAAGGAUCCGGGUUUCUCUGGACUAUGAAAAGGGGCAGGUGGAAUUUUUCAAUGCUGAUACCAAGGAUUCCAUUUUCAUUUUCCCCUCCGCUUCAUUCUCUGGGGAGAGAGUGUAUCCCUUUUUUAAAGUUUUGCUUGCCCAGCUGACCCUUGAUGGCUAAGAGGGUUUUUUUUACAAGAUCAGACUUUCAUUUGAGCAAGACUGGCCAUUCUGGAUCAGAGAUUCUGGAAUCUGAACAAGUCACUUUUCCAAGUUGCUCUGAAGAAUCACUUAGGGCAAAUUAGUCACCCCUUAAACACCUUUAACCACUCUAUAUUAUACUCAAAACCAGAAACAACAUUUUAGUGCAUGUUUUAACAAAUUAAGAGUUGUUCCUGAUCUGCAUUAAUGGCUGUAAGCACUGAACCAAAUAGUAAUGGCAUUCUGUUCUAGAUUUUUUUAUAGUGAAAGUCAAGAUAAUGCAAUUGUGUGCAUGCAUUGUUGGCUGUGGAUGGUGCCAAUGUGGUCAUGUGGAUAGAAAGGACCUAGACCACCUAGUUUAGUCAAAUAGCAGAUCAUGCAGUGCAGGGACUUGUCUUGUCAGGUCACUCAGCUUGGCAUCAGUUCUGAUCUAGAAGCCAAGAUUGUAACAAAGUCCUUGGGUUUUGCAUGGCAAGGCUGAGCUUGAUCACCAUGAAAGGUAGUUUGCAUAGUACUGACUUGCUUUGUUUUUCAUCUGCUGAUGUCUUAAAUCACUUUUCUUCUUUUGUAGUUACAAAUAUAGUUCAUGUCUUAAUGUAUGUUUGUGAUUUUUAAAUAUUGUAAAUCACAGUGUCUUAGUGGAAUAACAAUAGUAAUAGUUAGAAAACUGAAAAAUCAAUAUGCAACAGCAUCUUGUAGCACCUUUGAGACUAAUUGAAAGAGAGAAACAGGCUUUUAGAGACUUAAAUCUACUUCCUCAAAUGCAUGGUGAAGUCAGAUUGCCUAGUAAAGGCAAACUGCUUAAAACGGUAAGAGCCAUGUUGGAUCAGACCUAAAGGACUAAGUGGUGUAACUUUGUGUUCCUACAGUGACCAAACCAUGGGAAGCCCAUAAGUAAGAUCUGAAUGCUACAACACUUUCCUGCUCCACAGUAACUGAUGCCACUAUGUCUGGGGGGAAUAUAGGACCAUCAUGACUAGCAGACACUAAUAGUUCCAUCCUCUAUGAGUAUUUCCAAUCUCCUUUUGAACUGUCCCAACUUGUCAGCUAUCACUACAACUUGUGGUAGCCAAUUUCAUGGUUGACAUGGUACAGGAAAGUCUUUCUAUCCUGAAACUUUUGUCAUUCAACUUUAGUGAAUGACCUUGGGUUUUAGAAGAUUCCAUCCCUUCACUUAUCCACACUAUGCAUAACGGUAUGCAUUUCUGCCAUAUCUACUGUACUUGUCUUUUCCUUUUGUCGUGAACUAUGCAGCCCCAAACAAUGUGAAUUUUACUUGCCAUUGUGGUUGCCAUUUUUUCCACAUCAUUCUUCUCCUUAUUGGAUGUCAGGUAACAUGUGGGCUCAUACAGACAGGCCAAAAGCUGCUUCGGGUCACUUUAGAGGUAUGCUGUUUAAAUGAUGCAUCCAUCCUAAGAAGCCAGAAGCCACGCCAU